UCACGUAAGUGUUGUAUCAGUUUAAUGUGUUCGAUCCCCACCUCUCAUUGGUCCCCCUCAUUGUCCUUUAAGUACUCGCUCCCUACUGGUUGCCAGUGCGAAUUUUGCCAUCCAUAUCAAUCGUGAUCUCCUUCACGCGCUUACUUUGCUCGUUCACAGUUCAGCAGUUUAUCACUAAGCAAUUAGGUCGUUAUUAAUUACUGUUUUCAUAUCUGUAUCGCAUGGAGAACCAUUGCCUCCGAUAUCUAUCACGUUAGUGCAAACGCUUCGGGCAAUUCAACGGGCAUAGGUCACCGGAGUGCACAUUGUGACAUCUGCACAACGACACUGUCAAUACGACUCCGACUUGCGAGGAGGUAAGACGUCUUACCUCCACUGGCAAAGAAAUUGAAAUCGACAAUUUGUAUUUUUUUUAGAAUCUCGACGAAGAUUAAAGUUGCGUAAACUUGCGAGACUCUAGUGAAAAUUUAUAUAAAUUGGCUAAUAAAAUCAGUGAAGAUUACGUCGAAAAUAGUGGAAGUCAGUGCGUUGUGGAACUGGACGGUCGGUGAUGUAGUUUCGGUGCACAACAGCAGCGAGAUGGAUACGAUGAUAAGCGUGUGGACGAUGGUGGAGCACGUGCGGGUGGCCAGCGGCGCCGCCGAGCUCGCCAUCUUCACCGCCAUACUCUACUGGUUCUUCACCUCCAGUCGUGUAGCCGACAUGUUAGAGGUGGUCGGCGAAAGGGUGGGGGGAUGGUGCGGGCGCGACACAAGCAGCUCGCUCAGGCAAGCCGUGCGCGCGCGCAAACGACAACAAGAGUACUCAAAGCUGGAUAGUACUGCUAACUGCCGCAAGUCAUCGCUGUUCAGGAUAAAGGAAGGUCCCGUGAUCCCAGCCCCAGAACCGCAACUCAGACCACCUUCAGGACUAGCGUGUGCAAGAUGUGCACCAGUUUCUAGGGAAUCAUGGCAGGACCACAAAGUAAGAGACACGGGUGCCGUGAUCAACAUCCUGGACAUCGGACGGCAGAACUUCGCGAACGGAGGCGUGGUCUCCCGCUACCUCUGUGACUUGGCACAAUGCUGCAACCUUUGCGCAUACGACUAUAAGGAUGUUGUUCCUAAUGUUGUUAAAGACGAGAGUGUAGAACAGGCAAUAGAAGAGGCUACACAAGAAGAAUUGGCGAAGGCCAAAGAGAACGGCCAGAGUGGCGCUUCGUACGCCACCAUACGGAAGCGGGUGGAAGCUCGCGCCCUAAAAGUAGUGCAGGACAUCAGUUCCGCCAUGUCCAAUAAUGUGCUCAAAUUCGUAGCCUGGGUGUGUCACAAAGCUGUACGAAGAGUAGCGGGCGGUGGAUGCGGCACUCGUGUCGCCGGAGUGGAACGUCUCCGUCGGGCCAACGCUGCCGGCCUGCCAGUAGUCUUCGUACCUCUCCAUAGAUCUCACUUCGACUACAUACUCAUGACGUUUACACUGUACCUUACUGGACUGAGGCCUCCGCUAGUUGCUGCUGGUGAUAACAUGAGGAUCCCAUUCUUUGGAUGGUUCCUACGAGGUUGCGGUGCGUUCUACAUCAGACGAAGGGUGGAAGGUUCAGAGUAUCAUGGGGACCCCACUUACAAAUCAGCUCUUAGGGCAUACAUUCUGAAUAGUUUGUCAGCUGGUAACAACCUGGAAUUCUUCAUCGAAGGAGGUCGUACUCGAACUGGCAAACCUCAGACUCCUAAAGCGGGCAUUCUAUCAGUGAUAAUGGACGCGUAUCUAGACGGGACCAUAGACGAUGCCCUCCUAGUGCCUGCCACGUUGAACUAUGACAAACUAGUCGAUGGUAACUUCGUACGCGAACAACUGGGCAUGCCCAAACAAAUGGAGACGUUCUGGUCUGCUCUCAGGGGUAUCUGGAGAACGCUGAACACCAACCACGGAAGCAUCAGAGUGGAUUUCAAUCAACCUAUUUCUUUGAAGGAGCUAGUAACAUCAUUCCAGAAGUACCAGCAUUACAAGGCUCCAAUUGAGACCUGCUUAACCCCUCCCAACAACAACUUGGCAGUAAACCUCGACAGACAGAUCCUGUACAACCACAGUCAUUCCAGUUUAUAUGGAGCUGACGUUAGCACCGACCAUAAGAUGAUGGUCGAGGCUAUUGGCAGGCAUUUAGUAUAUGACGCGGCGCAGGCGACGGCGCUGAUGUGUACGAACGUGGUGUCGUACGUGGUGCUGUGCGAGGCGCGGCGCGGGCUGCCGGCCGCCGGCCUGGCCGCGCGACUGGCCGCGCGGACGCGCCAUCUCGCCGCCGCCGGCCGCGACCUCGCCUACACCGGGGACGCCGCCACCGCGCUCAGACACGCCUUGGAGAUGCUAGGCCGUGGCCUGAUCCGUCGUGAAGGUGAUAUAAUCCGCCCCGGCACUAGUAUCGCGGCACAGCUAGAGCUGGCGUACUACGCCAAUACUGUCGUAGCGCACUACGCCGCGCCUGCCAUCGUCGCGACGGCCCUGGAAAGUUUGAUCUGUGCAUCGUCAUCAACAGAGUUCCGUCAAUCAGAACUAGUCAGCGCAUCACUACAACUGUGUGAAGUACUAUCCCAUGAGUUUAUUAUCUGUGCACCGUGCCAGAGGAUCCAGGAUCGAAUCCUGGACGUCAUCGACUCGUUGGAGUCACAACAGCUCAUAAUCAAGGAUAAGUCGGAUGCGGUAUUAGAGGAGCAGCAAUGGUCGCGUCGCAUGGCGCGCCGCCUCGAGGGCGACGACGACGACGACCGCCCCGACCCCACCGAGCGGGUCCAUUACACCGUCUCCGACAAACCUGAAGCCGUCGCCGAGAGGCAAAGACUCCUCCUAACGCUCCGGCCGCUACUGGAGGCGUACUCAGUCACGUGCCGCCACCUACAGGCGGGGACCAUGAAGGAUGUCGUCAAGAACUCACUCGACUCACUCACUGAAGACUUUACACAAAAUAAAAUGCUCUACGGCGAAGCAGUGUCUACAGACGCUAUCCGCAACUGCCUCCGUCUACUGCGGCAGUGGGGCGUUAUCCACGUGUACACGGAGGGCAAAACCCGAGCCGUGCGUAUAGCGGAGCCCUACGCCUCCGCCUCAGCACUAGAAGACGUCUGCCACAACGUACACAAGUUCAACAUGAACACCCCACUACUAGAACCAAGUAAUAAAUAAAUAUCAUCACCUAUAUUUAUUUAGUGUUAACUAAGUAGUGUUUUUACUGACAUACUAUUUUCGAACAUGCUCAACUAUUCUCGAGCUACACCGGGUCUCAUAAUCUUUAGCUAUAUAACGUUCACCGUUUUUCAAUAAUUAUAAGCUCCGGUUUGGCUCGUAACGAGUCGGGUUACUCCGAAAAAUAUCGUAAAAACAUUAUUUAUAUAGAAUAUCAGCCUGUGCUUGUCCCUUUGGGCAAAAGGUUAUAAAAUAAAGUUUCUUAGAUUGUCGUAAACUAUGUAGGGCUUUAUCUCUUAUCUCAAUACGGCCAAGAUAAGCGAAUUUGAACUUUAUUGUCAUGAGAAUUUGGUUCGUUUCUAUGUGUAUCCAUUUUUUGGAUUCGAUAAUUGAAAAAUAGAAUCUAGUUAAUAAAGAAUAAAGUAGGUUUUUGAGUAAAAUUAUGGUGAUAUAGACAUCAUAUCUUUGCGUUUAAAACAUGUUUAUCGUGUUUUUUUAUCGUAGCAAUGGUGUAGAAUGCGAUUUUCAUAAAAUAUCAUCUUUGAAAUUAUCGGUUUUGAUUAUUUUAAAUAUCCGAUAGUUUUUCCUCGGACGACAUAUAAAUGUAAAUAACUAGAUAUAGUUAAUUGGUAUUGCAAAGCUAUUUCGAAGGUGAACAAACAUAUUUUUCUCUUUAUAACAUUACAUUGUCAUAUUUACCAAUCAAUUGGUAAUCAAUCCAAAUGAAACCAUUUACCUAUGCAUAUAGAGUUCAUAUUCCUAUCAAACACAUUUAUAUUGACCAAAGAUAUUCUUUAAACUGUAACUCGAUGGGGCUGCAUUGAGCAAGGCAUUGAAUUUCCAGAUUCGAUUCCCUGAAUGAACAUGUGGAAUCGUUUGGGCUGCAUGUUAAACCGGUCGAAAGUAUGCAAGCUAUGCAAAACUGUCAAAUUAUUUUCGACUAUAAAUCAUUGAAGUAUAAAGCUAGAAAUGGUCUAAAGAUGUUUGUCAGAUUUAGACUGUUAAAUAAUUUUCGACCAUAAAUACUUAAGUGUAAGGCUGAAAAUUGUCUCAACAUGUUUGUAUUUAGCAGUGCUUCAAACCUUAUGUUGUAUGGAACUGUCAAACGUCUUUCACUCUUAAAAACGAAAUUAUAAAGUUGAAAAUGAUAGAAAUUGGACAGUUUUGUUUAGCUUUGUACUCAUACAUACGGAUUGACUGGUGAUAAUUUAAACUUGAUUUCGUAUCUGUACAUAGCUUCCUUAGUGCUGACAUUCAAAGCGAUAAGUCGGCGCUAUAUGCAACUUAGAAACGUGUAAAAAAGGAAUGAUGAAUAAAUCUUAUUGCUCUGUAAUAUUACACUAAUCACAUAUACAGCCUAUAAGUGGCCACUGCUGACCAAAGUCCUCUGAGACUUUAGCAAUUUUAAGAAUUUUAACUAUGCUAUGAGCUACGAGAUGUCAUUUAAGCGCUUGUCUUAGCGAGAAAAUAGAAAACUAAAUGUAUGGGAAUGAAACAACCGGUUGCCGGGGCUCCAGCUCAGAAGAACAGGAGUAGAAACGAAAUGGUUUUCAGUUAGUAAGAGUCCGACACUCCCUCUCGCCUUACCCAAGGCGGGAGAAGUCCCAUUAAAAAGUGUUAAAAUGUACCUCAAUCCCGUGAAAUUUAGUUUUCUACUCUCGGUAGACAAGCGCUAAAUGUUAUUUGGCUAUCAACACUGACAGUACACUGACAGACAAAAUACGUGUCUAAUACUUAAAAAAAAUACGUUAUUUCCUUAUUAUUUUGACAGCUAUAGGAUAUAUCGAUACUUGCUCAUACUCACGAUAAUUCACGUAGUUUAUGUUUACCUAAAUAGGUUUUACAUCAUUCCUUUUCAUUUAUUUAUGCCCAAAAUAAAGGGGAGUACAAUAUUCAGUGGAGUAUGAUAUGAUAAAUGUUGUAAUUACGACCACCUGGGUUCUACACACAGGUACGUCCGGGACGUUCAACAGUACAUAGCUCAAACAACUAAAUGAAAUUAAAACUUUAUAUAAUGUCAAUAGAGUCGACUUUUAGUUGUAGUUAACUUAUGAAUGUGUUUUUUUUUUCACAUAUAAUUAUGUAUGGGAGUUUGUAACACUUAGUGUGGAUGAUACCUUUUUUAUUUAAUUUAUUGAUACGAUUUUAGACUGGCAGCUAAAGUAACAGGGCUAAAGCUAAAGUAUAAGGGCUUUAUUUCAGUGGAACACCAUGGCGGCGUAAUCGUCGCCGUGACCACCAAACUAUAUACAGCUCUGUAGAAAUUAAUUCACCUGGUGCUCAAUUGGUUGCGCAACCAAUCUGGCGACGCCUCCAGUUCAAAUGCUACAACACUGGUCGCGCCACCACUAUUUAUUAUACCGCUUGAAUGUGUGUCAGUCACUCGCUAACGGUGGCGCUACUGGUUGCACCGCCAUGGUGUUCUAGUGAAAUAUAACCUUAACAACCGAUUGUUUUUGUCUUAGUGUUGUUAAUUGAUAAACCAAACUGUCGCAUGAUCACUCGUUUUGAAACUAAGACAGCUAUCUAUAUUAGAUGUUAAACUAGCAAUACAACCAUAUAAAGCUUGAAGCUUCAAAAUAGUAGGAUAUCAAAUUAUGUUGCUAGCUACUCUGCGCGGUUCCAUCCACUCUGCUAUUAAUCGUAGCGUAAUGUUUUAUAGCCUUAACUAAAAAUCGCGAGUUACUCACGUGGAAGUACUGAGAAAAGCU